CCUUUAGACACUGAUAUUUCCAUGAGCACUUCAGGAGGGGGAUAUGCUCCCGUUGGCGGCUUUCUUGGAGGCCCUGGUUCUCCUACAACUGGUGGAGGUAUGGGAGUUUCUGGUACUGCUGUGACUGGAGGCUCCGGUUUUGGGGUAGGCUCUUCUUGCCUUGGCUCCAGACAAAUUUGUGUGGCCCGCUUUGCAUAUGCAGCGAGUCAGCCUGACGAGCUAUCAAUCCAGCGUGGCGAUUACAUCCGUGUACUUGAGAAAAGUUCAGAUGGGUGGUGGCGUGGCCUCCUUGUGCAUGAGGGCAAACCGCAGUUAUCCGGUUGGUUCCCUUCAAAUUAUGUCACUUUGGCUGAGGUUGGCAAGACCUUAUGGGGGUAG